AUGUCCGACGCUUCUCGAUACCCCGAAUCGGGCCAGAUAGAGAUAUUCUUGGUAGCAGUGGGAGUCCUCGUGCUAGUAUUGGCCUUCGGAAUCUUGGUUCUUGUAUGUGCUGGUCUUGGAUCCUCCAGCCGGGGAUAUGAUCCAGAGAACGGAAGGCGUUUAGUGGCUUCAAGAGCCCAUCGUCAAGGACAGGAUAUUGCACCGAACAGGCCAUACCGCGACUACGACAACUCCAUCAUCAACAGUAUCCGCAGACAAAGCCAGCCCCUGGCUGAAGAAUUCAAGCUCGAGAUGCACAACCUGAGACAGAGCAUUGCUAUGCUCAUGUCACCCUCGGCCAGCCAAGAUGGCAACCCUGGCGUUGUCGACAGAAUGCGGCGGUUCAGCCUCGACAAUCUUCUCACCUUCUCGACGAAUAGCUCAGACUUGAUAACUGACUGUGAAAGUUGUUGCGAGCUCUUGGAUUCCCCUCUGGCCGCAACAGGGAGGGAAGACGCAGCCGGAGCAAGGAGGAGGUCGAGCAGACUUGCUGGAAACACGGUGACCCCCGAUUUGGAAGCGCAGCAGUAG